AUACAAGAAAGCUUUAGAAAAUCUAUUAAAAAAUCCGUUUUGGGGGGAGAUUUUUGGAAAUUACGUAUGCCGCGGAGUAUAUCGAGGUCGCCGUCGUAUUCGCGGCGGCGCUACUCCCGGUCUCGCUCGCCGGCGGUCACUCACCGCCACUCCUCCCGUCGGGACCGUGCGCGUUCCCCUUACAGCAGGCGAAGAAGUCGUUCUGGUACACCGCGGCGACGAAGAAGUCGUUCUCCAGCUUCAAGGCAUCACAAGAGCCGCUCCCCAGUGCCAAGACGUCAUAGGAGACAUAGAAGCCGAAGUUCUUCUUUGUCUCCUUCACCUAAAUCUCGUAGUCCCAGUUCAACAUUGACUGAACGUAAGCUUGCUAAUGAAAAAUUGAAAAAGGAAGAAGAAGAAGAAGAAAGGAAAAGACUGCAGCAGGAAGAAGAGCUCAAACAAUUAGAGGAAGAGACUGCAAGGAGAUUGGAGGAGGAAAUUCGCAGUCGAGUUGAGGAGAAAUUGGGUUCCGAAGAAGUCAGGUUAGAAAUCGAAAGACAGAUAGAAGAAGCCCGGAAGAAAUUGUUUAAGGACGUCGAAGCUCAACUUCAAAGAGAAAAGGAAGCUGCCCUUGCUGAAGCAAGGGCAAAAGAAGAACAAGCUCGCAGGGAGAGAGAAGAGCUAGAUAAGAUGCUCGAAGAGAAUCAAAGGAGGGUAGAAGAAUCUCAGAGGAGAGAAGCUUUGGAACAGCAGAGGAAAGAGGAGGAAAGACUUCGAGAGUUGGAACUGAUUCAGAGACAAAAAGAAGAGGCUGCUCGAAGGAGGAGACUGGAAGAGGAGGAAGAGCGAGCAAAUCAGAUAUUGCUUGGUAAGAACAAGCCUCGGCAGAAGAUUGGCCUGUAGGUGAGUCUGAACAUACUUAUGUAAACCUAUGUUUACCUAUUGUUGUAUAAGUACGGAUUACUUUAGGAGAGUUGCUUCCUACAGUACAUUACUGUUUCCCUCGGUGUGACCAUUAUGUGCUGAAUACUUGCAGACUUUUGAUUUGAACUGUGAACAAAUUUACUUGUUUUCACUUUAUUUUGUAUUAAUGGAAACCCUUCAGUCGGAUA